AUGGCUGCAAGAACCAACGGAAAGAUGGUCAUUCGGCAGCACGGUGAAGGCCCUGCGGCGAUGCUCGCCAUGGGUACGGCGAACCCGACAAACCUCCUGCUGCCCCAAGACGUGUUCACCGACAACUUGUUCCGCUUGAGCAAGUGCGACCACCUCACUGAACUCAAGGAAAAGAUGAACAGAAUCUGUCAGAAAACAGGCAUCGAGAAGCGCCACUUCCACCUGACAGAGGAGACCGUGGACGCGCACCCGGAGUUCCUCGACAGGGAGCUGCCAUCCCUCGACGCACGCAUAGAAAUGGUCACCAUCGCCGUGCCGAAGCUCGCGCAGUCCGCCGCGGCCAAGGCCAUCACGGAAUGGGGCCGCCCCGCCACCGACAUCACCCACCUCGUCUUCAGCACCUACUCAGCGUGGGAGGCCCCCAGUGCCGACCUCAAGCUGGCCACGCUCCUCGGCCUCCGCCCCACCGUCUGCCGCACCAUCCUCAGCCUCCAUGGCUGCUACGGCGGCGGUAGGGCUCUCCACCUCGCCAAGGAGCUCGCCGAGAACAACCGCGGCGCGCGCAUCCUCGUCGCCUGCGCCGAGACGACCCUCGUCUGCUUUGGUAGCCCCGACGGGGCCAACCUCGUGGGCCACGCCUUGUUCGGGGAUGGCGCCGGCGCCAUCAUCGUCGGCGCCGGCCCCUUCGACGAGGGCGAGCGCCCGCUCUUCGAGAUGGUCACCGCCACGCAGACAACGAUCCCUAGGACCGAGCACGUGCUCGGCAUGCAGGCCACGGCGGGCGGCAUAGACUUCCACCUCGCCAUUCAGGUGCCAAUGCUGAUCGGGCAGAACGUUGAGCUCUGCCUCCUCGACGCGUUCGACGGCGAUGCUCCGCGUUCCUGGAAUGAGCUCUUCUGGGCGGUGCACCCAGGUGGCCGUCCGAUCCUGGAUAACAUAGACACGGUGCUCAAACUGGAGCCGGGUAAGUUGGCGGCCAGCCGGCAUGUGCUCCGCGAGUACGGCAACAUGAGUGGCGCCACCAUCGUCUUCGUGCUCGACGAGCUGCGCCGGCGUCGGAAGGAGGAGGAUGGUGGCCACCUGCUGCCGGAGUGGGGCGCCAUGCUGGCAUUCGGGCCGGGAAUCACCAUCGAGACCAUGCUGCUUCGCUCUCCACGCUGA